AGAUAAAGUGAUCGCCACACUUAAAUCAGCACAACAUAAAAUAGCUACCCCUGAAAUAGAUGAAAGAUCACAAGUAAAACAGGAAACUAAGAAUGUUGAAUCUUUGAAUAAGCAAAUGGAUACAAAUGAAUCUGACACUUCUGAAGACAUCUGUGAUAAUGGUGUUAUAAAACAGGAAAGCAUAGAUGUUUUUAAUGACAAUGCUAACUUUGAAGCCUAUGGUGCUUUUGAAACUCUGAUAGUCACAUCAUACAAGGAAACUAGCACUGGGGAAAACUUUAUUUCGAAGCCAACUCAUGGAAAUGUCAAAGGCAAGGAUGAUAAUCAAACAGUAAUUAUUGAACGAUAUGAGGAAAAGACACCCACUGAAUUGCAAGAUGAAACCAUGGAGAUUCAGGAAUACGAAGCGGAGUCCACCCAUGUGAAUACCAAAGCCAUGAAUGGUACCAGUGUUGUUGAUAUUAAACCAAAUCCAUAUGAUACCAGCAAUAUAGGUGAUGAGUCAAAGGGACAUGAAAUAAAGACUGAAGUCAUCGACUGCAAUGUCUCAGCAGAGGAGUACGAUGACGAAUAUGAUGAUGAAUAUGAUGAGUAUAAUGUUGAGGAAGAUGAUUCUGAUAGUGAUAUUCUAUCUACUGAUUCAGGGAGUGACUACACCUUCCGAGAUGACAAAAAGGACUUGGACUGGACACCAGACUUUGAGCAAACCUCUAGUUCCAUUAAAACUAGGAACAAGCAAACACAAAAAUCUGCACAAAAUGAUGAAGCUUCUCCAGUUGAUCCGAGUGACAGUAGCACUAGUACAAUAAGGCAUGUCAAGAAGACAAAAACUACCACCAAUGAAAAUAAGGAACAAUCUAAAUCAAACCCUAGUAAAGCUACGACCAAUGGAAAUAAGGAACAAUCUCAAUCAAAGCCUAGUAAAGCUACCACCAAUGGAAAUAAGGAACGAUCUAAAUCGAAGCCUCGUAAAACAUGGCGUGAAAAAUACAUUGAUCAAGCCAUUGGAGAAUUCAAAUGCCCUAACUGCCAGAAUAUUCUAGAGACA